AUGUCGGCUCCGGAACUCCACAUCCUCUUCUUCGCCGUCUUCGUCUUCGCCAGCCUCCUCCUCUCGGCUCUCUGCGACGUCGCCCUGUUCAUUUUUGGCGACUCGCUCAACAACGCAGGGAUCAACAAUUACAUAAACACCGUGUCUUCAUAUGGCGAGAUUUUCUUUCACUGUCCCACUGGCAGCUUCACCGACGGUCGUCUUAUAGCUGAUUUCAUUGCUAAAUAUGCGAAGCUACCACUGAUCCCACCAUAUCUCCAGCUGAAGAACGACGGCUGUGGAAUCAAUCUGGAGCAGUACAGCAUUGUUUAA